AUGUUUGGAGUUAAAAACAGUUUAUCUAAUCUUACAAGGAUUAAAGGUGUAUCUACCACUACUGCUACUCUAUCUAAUAUAAUCCUCAAGAGAAAUAUGGCAAGUUUACCUGGUUUAUUUAAAUCUUUAGUAUAUUCGACCCAUAAUAUCGAUGAUUGUGCAUCGGUACUAAGCUUACAAAACUAUAAACCUAUUCAAGAGAUUGAAAAUUCUAUUGUAUUAAGAAUGUUAGCAUUCCCAAUAAACCCAUCGGAUGUAAAUCAAUUACAAGGUGUUUAUCCAUCGUUGCCAAAUAAAUCAUUAAAUUAUCAAACUUUAGAGCCUGCAGCCAUUGCAGGUAAUGAAGGUGUAUAUGAGGUUAUUCAUGUACCAAAUCGAUUUCAAAAUUUGAAGAAAGGUGAUUGGGUUAUCCCUACUAUGGCAAAUACAGGUACAUGGACUAAUUUUCAAGUUUUUAAUGAUGAAUCACAAUUGAUUAAAGUUAAUGGAUUGGAUUUAUUUACUGCAGCCACAAUUGGUGUAAACGGUGUUACCGCAUAUCAAUUAGUAAAUGAUUUUGUAGAUUGGAAAAGAAAUGAAAAUAAUUGGAUAGUACAGAAUGCUGGGAAUUCUACUGUUUCGAAGAUGGUAUCUCAGAUUGCUAAAGUUAAUAAUGUGAAGACAUUAAAUAUUGUUAGAGAUCGUAAGACCCCUGAAGAAUUUAAUAAAUUAGCUGCAAUGUUAGAGAAUACAUUUGGUGCUACAAAAGUUAUUUCGGAAUCUCAAAAUAAUGAUAAGGAUUUUAAUAAACAAGAAUUACCACAAAUUUUAGGUAAGCAUGCACGUAUUAGACUUGCCUUAAAUUCUGUAGGUGGUAAGUCUAGUUCUUCAAUUGCUAGAAAACUAGAAAAGGAUGGUUUGAUGUUAACUUAUGGUGGUAUGUCAAAACAACCUGUGACUCUCCCUACAUCAUUAUUGAUAUUUAAGAAUAUUACUUCUGCAGGGUAUUGGGUUACAGAAUUGAAUAAGAAAAACCCUCAGAGAAAGGUGGAUACAGUACAUGAUUUACUUAAUCUGUAUGAAGCUGGUGAGUUCGUAUCUCCUAAGGAAGAUAUCGAGACAUUGUCGUGGGAUAUCGAGAAAUUUAGUGAUGAUGAUGUAUUAAAGUUGGUCCAAGGAGGUAUCAAUUCUACAAAUGGUAAAAAGAAAGUUGUGGUCUUAAAAUGGGAUUAG